AUGGACCAAAGCGACAAUGAUCUCCAAGGAAGUGACGGAUCUGGGAGUUUGGGCGGUCCGGACGUCCGCAAGCGCAUCCCCAUCAAGCUGAUCUCCAAGCCCCCCUUGAGGAUCAAACCUCCACCCCGCGUCCAGAGACCCAGCAACAGACCACUGCUAAAAAGUGAAGCGGCAGAAAAAGAUGAUAACUUUGGCUUCAAGCAAGAGAAGUUUGAGUUUGGAGGAAAAGCUGGAGAUUUGUUUGCUGCCCAGAGGAGAUACCCCCAGCCGCUCUUUUGGGACCAUAAGUUGAAUCUGAUCGGUGAGCGAGAUGAAGUCCCAAUUCACUUCUGUGACAAAUGCGGACUCCCCAUCCAACUAUACGGACGUAUGAUUCCCUGCAAACAUGUCUUCUGCUACGAGUGUGCUUUGCUGCAUGAGAAGAAUGGCGAGAAGAUGUGCCCUGGUCUGACCAUGUACAGCUGCACAGACCUAGUGCAGCGUAUCGAGCAGUGCCAGCGCGGCACCCUGUACAUGUGCAGCGUGGUGUCGGGCUGCAAACGCACCUACCUGUCUCAGCGGGACCUCCAGGCCCACGUCAACCACCGCCAUUUGAGGUCGGCCAAGUCGUCGUCCAGCCGUCAGGAGCCCGUGCACCUGCCUCCGACCUCCGACGUGCCCGAGCGGUUCCGCGUACCCCCGCCCCACAUGACCAAGAACCACGUGCACAUGCCUAACCAGCACCCCCACGGCGGCCACGACCCCUACGGGCAGCCGCCUCCCUCUGGACCGCACGACGGACCGCCUGAGACGUACCGCAUCGCUACGGUGACCACGCGCAAACACAGCAACCUCAUCACCGUGCCCAUCCAGGACGACUCAUCCUCAGGCCCGGGUCCGGGUCAGCCCCCCCACCACCGGCCCGGGGACUAUCCCGGCCAGCCGCCGGUGGUUUCACACGCCCACCAUAUGAUGCCGCCGCCACCGCAGCAGCACUUCGGGCCACCACCCCCUCCUCCACCCAUCAGCCACCCCAUGCAGCACCCGCCCCAAGGCUCUGGUACGCCCCACAUGGUGUACAAUCAGGCCCCGCCGCCCCCGAUGUCCACGGCGCCGCCACCUAUUACCCCACCGCCGGGUCACAUCAUGGGCCAAAUGCCUCCUUACAUGAACCACCCGCCCCCGGGACCGCCGCUCCAACACAGCGGACCCCCUGUGAACGCACCCCCUCCUCAUCAUUACAAUCCUAAUUCCAUGCAACAGUUUCCCGAAGACCAGGGCACCCUGAGCCCGCCUUUCAACCAACCGGGAGGUCUCAGCCCCGGAAUGUGGCCCGCACCAAGGGGGCCGCCUCCUCCGCGGAUGCAGGGUCCCCCACCCGGGCCCCAUCACCCGGAUCAGGGCCGCUACCGACCUUAUUAUCAGUAG